AAAAAAAAAAAAUACGAGAGAGGAAGCGACGGCCACAAAGUCGCCCACUUGUCUUCAAAUUUUCGGCUUAACUAAGAGAGAGAAAGAAGGGAGGUCCGCGAGGCACCGUCUUUCUCUUGGUGUCUCCGCCUCCCAACUACCUCUUUCUCUCUCUACAAUUUCUCUCUCUUGCAUUUUCAGCCGUCAUUGUCGGGAUCUGGAUUUUUCUUUUCAAGACAUUGUCGUCGUCGUCGUCUUCUUCUUCUUCUUCUUCCUCCUCUUCUUGUUUCUCGCGCUCGGAUGAAAAUGUGGGCGAUGUCGAAUCUGGCGACGUGCGGUCAUGGAGGUAGCUUAUCCCUUUGUUUUCCCGAGAACUUGAAGUUUUCAUCGGCUCUCAGAACCAAUUCUCGAGUUUCAUUGCCGUUUCUGAGUGAUGCAUGUCGUGGCUCUUGGUUAGCUCGUGGCCGUUCGAGGAGGAUGGAUAAAGACCAUAUUGUUCGCAUGGCAUUAGUAGAUGAGAGGCUUGCACGCACCAAAGAUGUGGCAAAGCCUCCUGAAAUACUUGCUUACGAUCUUGUUCAAGGAGCACUCGUUAGAUGGAGUUCUGUAGCGGAUAGAUCGUUGCCUGAUCCACCAACAGCUGUUUUUCUUCAUGGCAUUUUAGGUAGCCGAAAGAACUGGGGAACCUUUGCUCAGAGAUUGGCUCAAGAGUUUCCAACAUGGCAGUUUCUCUUAGUAGACCUGCGAUGCCAUGGUGAUUCCGCUUCAAUGACGAAGAGAGGUCCGCAUACUGUUGCGUCCACUGCUCUUGAUGUCUUAAAGCUAGUUCGACAGUUGAGAAUAACACCUCGUGUCCUUGUUGGCCACAGUUUUGGUGGAAAAGUUGUUUUAAGCAUGGUGGAACAAGCCGCUAAGCCUCUUGCAAGACCUGUCAGAGUCUGGGUUCUAGAUGCGACUCCUGGAAAAGUUCGACCUGGUGGAGAUGGGGAGGACCAUCCAGCAGAACUAAUAUCUUUUCUAAGUAAACUACCAAAAGAGGUCUCCUCAAAGCGGCAUAUUAUUAACGCACUACUUCAAGAAGGGUUCUCCAAAGAUGUGGCACAGUGGGUUGUUACAAAUCUUCGCCCAACUACUACUUCCAGUUCAUCAUCGUUAAGCUUCUCAUGGGUGUUUGAUCUCAAGGGAAUUUCUGAAAUGUAUCAGUCCUACGAAGAGACAAAUUUAUGGAAAGUUGUUGAAGACGUGCCUCGAGGUGUGCAUGUGAAUUUUUUGAAAGCCGAAAGAAGCUUGCACAGGUGGGCCCUCGAAGACCUUCAGAGGAUUUAUGCUGCUGAGGAGCUUGCUGCUGAAGAGGGAGGUGGUGUUGAAAUGCAUGUCCUUGAGGAUGCUGGCCAUUGGGUACAUGCUGAUAACCCAGAUGGGCUCUUUAGGAUUCUUUCAUCCUCUUUCCAGGGAGUCAAAACCUGAGAGAGUUCUAAUCAUAUCUCAAAUUCAGUUCUGGAGGUAGUUGCUAAGUCUGUUCUCCCCUCAACAAUGUUUUCCUUUGUAACUUAGUGGUUUUCUGUAUAUCCUCGUCUUUUUCCCGUUUUGUCCUAUAUAGUAUGUGAGUCUGUAAUAUGUAACUAAAGUAUACGAGAUUUUUUUAACCAAAAUUAAUAGGAUGUAGUUGGGACCAAAAAAAAAAAAAAA